AUGAGAAUCUCUCUACCUUUUAUGGAAGCAAAUGAAAUAAUUAAUUGUGAAUUUGAACAUAGUAAUUUUCUUUUAAUCAAUCUCAGCAAAGUCAAUCUGAACGUUUUGGGUUUUUAUAGACCACCAAAUUCUAAUGCAGCAAAUUUUUUAGUAAAACUUGAUGGAAUUCUAGAAUGUCAUAAUAAUUUAAUUUGCUGCGGUGAUUCAAAUUUAAACCUAUAUUCUUGUGAACCAAAAGUAGAUCAUCGUGCGUUACUUUUAAUGAUUCAUAAUAAAUAUACACCAAAUCUCCGAUCAACCUCUAAACAUAUUACGAUAAACACCAUCAGUCAUGAGAAUAUUUUACAAUCAAAAAUUUUCUCUACAGCGCCUACUGACUCCUUUAAUAAUUUCUUUGAUUUCAUUAAAAAUACCAUCAUAGAGAACACAACUUUAGACAUUAAUUUCACCAAAACAAGUUAUGUACAAUUUCAUGGGAGAAAAAAGCUUGAAUUUUUCACCCAACAUUCUAUGAACAUUGAGAUAUCUCAUCAAAAGAUUGAAAGAGUCGAAAGCUACAAAUAUUUGGGUUUAAUAAUAGAUGAACAAUUAACUUUUGAGAAUCACAUUAGCUUCAUAAAAAGUAAAAUACUUCCCAUGACUUAUGCUAUACGUAGAAUUCGGCACUCAAUUGGCCUAAAUAUUGCGUAUCAACUUUACUUUACAAAUAUUUACUCCCACUUAAUUUUUAUGAAUCCUUUAUGGAGUGUUGCAACUUUGUCACUACAAAACUCGUUGUUUGUAAUUCAAAAAAAAUGUCUUCGCUUCAUACAAAUGAAACACAGAUUGUCACCAUCUCGUAGUCUUUUUUCUGAAAGAAUCUUACCUUUACCGGUACUGAAUGAUUACCAUCUUCUUAUUUUAGCAUUUAAAAUUAAAAACAAUUUACUAAAAAAUAAUAUAGAAAUCAACUAUGUGAACGAAAUACAUAGAUAUGGGACGAGACAAGUGGGCAAUUUCCAUAUAAUAAAAUAUGAAACACGCUAUGGGAAGGCAGAUUUUUAUAGAAGAGGACUGAUUAAGUUUAACGAGAUGCCUAAUGAACUAAAGAGACUGAGAUCGUUAACUUUGUUUAAAAAGCACUUGAGAGAAUACCUUUUCGAAACUUUCGAGUCAGAAAAUGAGCUUGCAUAA